AUGGGUAUUCCGAUAGCCCUUUAUGAGGACUCCGAAUGUGAGGAGAUCGAACAGUUCGGUUGGUGUUCUGAAGCAUGCAAGCGUCGGCUUGGCGAGCUGUGCUACUCGAGGGAAAGCACUGUUCUGGAAGAGGACUACGAAGAGCGGCCGGUCGAUGACGACAUGGUCUACGCGUGGAGAUUCGACUUGCAGACCAGGGCGGAGAACCGCGUGGUUAACCUUGCGGAGUUAGAGUCCACACGAAGCAAAGACGCAUCCAGUUGGAUAUUCUAUAGGCCCGACGGCAGCGAAACGGCGGUUUACAGACAUAGAGGCCGCGAAGACGACCCUCUAACAGUUGUACACGGCGUACAAGAACUUCUACAGGGCUCCACAAUACAGAGCGUCGACGUCCGAGGUGGCACCCUGCUGCUGGGACUCGAUAGUGGGCAAAUCAAGGUCGUCACGUGCAACAAUGAUGGCCGAAUUGUGCAGUGCGAGUCAUUAGUGCUGCGGAGCGGACGUAUACUGGAUGUCUUUGCGGGACUCUUGCCCGAGUUCGUUAUCGCUUUUGCCGCAGACGAAGGUCUUUUGUGCACCGAGUUGCGGAGCGGCCGCACCAGCAAGCUGCUGGACGUGCCUCCGGCACGUCUGCAGCGUGUGUCACUCGAUUUCCCGCGGCUCAGCGCCUUCGGCGCAACCCGGAUCUGGAGCUGCGACGACGUUCUCAGCUGUCCGCUCGUUCCAGUGGAUGCGCCGCUUUGGCCGGGCGAGCAGUUGCUCAACGUGGACCCCUGCGCACGCCACAUGCUACUUCUCGAGACAGACCAACGCUACCUGUCGCUCGACACCGCCCCCGCGGGCUGCGCCUGCACAGUCCUCCACAAGAGCGAGUACGGGGGACCCGCGCGCGCCCACACGUCCACUGGCGGUCAGCAGCUGUUCGUCUCCGAGCAGCACCUCUACGCUACUUCUCUGACCAUGUAUGGCCGUUGUUCGCGCAAUCGCGAUUGCAAGUGGAUCUCGCUCGGGUACUCGGACAUCCGAGCCAAAUACAACAUCUGCAGAGUGCUGCGGCUGACGCUCAUGACCGCCAGCACGCCCGCAACCAGCGUCCUGGCCUUGCUGACGGACGACGGCUCCAUUCACUCCUUCAGCAUCGAGCGUUGA